AGGAGGAGCAGGGAGCACACACUCACACACACUCACUCACUCACACACACUCACUCACACACUCAUGCUGGUGCCUCCCUCAGUGGCUCAGACCGCCACCACACUCAACCUGAUGUGGCUCUGAAGACUGAAGACAGAAGAGGGCUUCACUUGGCUUCAACAUUUAGUUUUUUCCCCCCUUUUAGUAUUUCUUUGAGGAGAUCGGACAGCAUGCUUUGGAUUUUGCCGCUCACCAUAGCCUUUUCCCAGUGCUACAUCAUAGUGUCUGGACAAAGAGAUGGUGAAAUCAUCAAUCAAAUCAAGGGAACCAAUCAGGCCCUGGCAGAAAUCAAGGAGCUUCUGAAGCAACAGAUCCAUGAGAUCGUUUUCCUGAAGAACACAGUGAUGGAGUGUGAGGCGUGUGGCAUGCAAGGGGUGGGGCCACCCCCACCCUCCUGUGACCCUAACCCGUGCCACCCCGGGGUCAAGUGCACUGAGACGCCAAAUGGCAUCCGAUGUGGACCCUGUCCAGAUGGCUUGGUGGGCAAUGGGACCCACUGCACGGAUGUGGACGAGUGUACAGUGAUGCCGUGUCACAUGGGCGUGCGAUGCAUUAACACCUCCCCUGGGUAUCGCUGUGGCCCGUGUCCUGCGGGAUACACAGGCCCACAAGUCCAUGGGGUCGGGCUCGCUCACGCCAUGACCAACAGACAGACCUGCAAGGACAUCAAUGAGUGUGAAGUUGCCAACGGAGGCUGCGUGGAAAAUGCUAACUGCAUCAACACACCAGGAUCUUACAGGUGCACCUGUAAGAAGGGAUUUGUUGGAGAUCAAAACACUGGAUGCAGAGCAGACCGAGGAUGUGACGACGGCCAAGUUAACCCAUGCCACACCAAUGCAGACUGUAUUCCUCAACAAGACGGGACAAUAGAGUGUGUUUGUCAUGUUGGAUGGGCAGGCAAUGGUUAUUUCUGUGGGCCUGAUGUUGACAUUGAUGGCUUCCCAGAUCACAAGUUGCCCUGCCCUGAGACAAACUGCCAAAAGGAUAACUGCAUAACGGUGCCCAACUCUGGUCAGGAGGACGCGGACAAAGAUGGCGUCGGAGAUGCAUGUGACGAUGAUGCAGAUGGUGAUGAGAUACCUAAUGGAGAGGACAAUUGUGUGCUUGUGCCAAACGUGGACCAGCGGAACGUGGAUCAGGAUGACUUUGGUGACGCCUGCGAUAACUGCCGCCUGGUGAAGAACAGCGAUCAGAGGGACACUGAUGGGGACGGCAGGGGCGAUGAGUGUGACGAUGACAUCGACGGAGACGGUAUCAAGAACGACCAAGAUAACUGCAAAAAGACGCACAACGUUGAUCAGAUAGACAGAGACAGAGAUGGAGUAGGGGACGCCUGUGACAGCUGUCCUUACAUCCCCAACCCUGACCAGCUCGAUAAAGACAACGACUUGAUUGGGGACCCUUGUGACACCAACAAGGACAGCGACGGUGAUGGACACCAGGACACGCGCGAUAACUGCCCAGCGGUCAUUAACAGCUCUCAGCUGGACACUGAUCGAGAUGGCCUCGGGGAUGAGUGUGACGACGACGACGAUAAUGACGGGAUCCCCGACUUCAUCCCCCCCGGCCCCGACAACUGUCGCCUCGUCCCGAACCCCCUGCAAGAGGACUCUGAUGGGGAUGGGAUUGGCAAUUUGUGUGAGAAUGAUUUUGACAACGAUACCUUCGUGGAUAAAUAUGAUGACUGCCCAGAGAACGCAGAAAUCACCCUGACAGACUUCCGAGCCUUCCAGACGGUGGUGCUGGACCCCGAGGGGGACGCUCAGAUAGACCCCAACUGGGUGGUCCUCAAUCAGGGCAGAGAGAUUGUUCAGACCAUGAACAGCGAUCCUGGCCUGGCUGUUGGUUACACCGCAUUCAACGGCGUCGACUUUGAAGGGACGUUUCAUGUGAACACUGUGACUGACGACGACUAUGCCGGCUUCAUCUUCGGCUACCAGGACAGCUCCAGCUUCUACGUGGUCAUGUGGAAGCAGGUGGAGCAGAUCUACUGGCAGGCCAACCCUUUCCGAGCCGUGGCUGAGCCCGGCAUCCAGCUGAAGGCUGUGAAGUCAUCCACAGGACCCGGGGAGAACCUGCGCAACUCGCUGUGGCACACGGGAGACACGACGGACCAGGUGAAGCUACUGUGGAAGGACUCACGCAACGUAGGGUGGAAGGACAAGACCUCCUACCGCUGGUUCCUCCAACACAGGCCGACAGAGGGCUACAUCAGGGUUCGUUUCUACGAGGGCCCUCAGAUGGUGGCGGACACGGGCAUCAUCAUCGACACCACCAUGAGAGGAGGCAGGCUGGGGGUGUUCUGCUUCUCUCAAGAGAACAUCAUCUGGGCCAACCUGCGCUACCGCUGCAACGAUACGAUACCCGAGGACUUUGAGAAGUUCCAGAGUGAACAGGUGCAGCUGUCCUUCUGAUCUCCGAGUGUCAGCUCCGACCCAAGAGCUGCAGGAGUCCUUCCUUCAGGAACACACUCCAUUCACAGGAAACAAUCAUAUCAGCGCAGCGCAGCGGAACUGUGCGCGGAGUCCACCAUGAGUACACAGUCCCGUCGCUCUUAUCAGCUCGACUCAGGAAAACACAGAACAGCACCGUCGGGAAAACCUGAAUGUUGUUCCCCACUUGUCCCCCAUGGUGUGGGGCACGGUCACGUCUUUAUGAAGUGUACAAUGAGUACAUAUCUAUACGAUUCAGUACCUGUAGUCAUAUAGUCCUGUGUAUGCCUGGGCUAUGUCCUGUUUGACAUCAACAUUUUAGUAUUACAACAUUAAAAUGUGAAAUAAAGGGCUUUACAGGUCUUUGAUUUUGACUAUGGACUAUUUGACUAUUAUUCCUGGAGAGAUUAAUACAGUUUUAGAUCAAGUUAAUUAUGGAUUAUUAUACAAACUAUAGAAUCAUAAUGUAUGUGUUCCAUUGACUGUUUUACACGUUGUGAUGUGUGUGUAUUGCUUAUGAGGGAUUAAAAAUGAGAUGCUGAGAAACUUGUUGCCUAUUUGUUGCCUAGCAACAUGUUGACAUAUCAGUCCUUUGCCUAACCAACAAUCUACUGGUGACCAACAUGGGGGACCAAUAAGAACAGAGGCCUCCACCUUUGUGUUUAAAUGGGGGACCAAUAAGAACAGAGGCCUCCACCUUUGUGUUAAAAUGGUGAAACGCUUUCUUACUUACUAGAUAAUCUGCUUGAAGCAUUUUUUUAAACCAAUUUUAUGUGAGUAAUAUAAUAAUAACAAUCAUAAAUAACUAAAUACUAAAUCAAAUAUUUCUUUGUAUGCACCUCUGGAUAUUACUAAACAAACCAAUAACUGCCGGUGUUAGAGACACAAACAUGCACGGGUACUUCAAAUAUAUUUAAAAAAGCACAUACAGAAAUACAGAUAACAAAAUAUAAAUUGGAGAACAUGGACAUCUGGUACAUAGCUGAAACACCAUGCAGAUUCACAUAGCAUACAUACGAAAAGCCUCCGUGGACAUUGUUCAGUAAGAGACUAUAUACAAUGAG